GAGGCAUUUCAGAGCAUAUUCACUGUAUUUCAGAGUCUAGGCCCAGUUUGUCCAAGCUGAAAAAAACAUUCACUUGUUUAGAGAAAGUGGCAGAUGCUUAAACUGUGGAAAUGUCAGACGAAAACUCAUCUCUUGGCCAACAGACUGAGAGCACAGAGACUGAAGUGAUGCAGCAGGAGGCUGUGGCCCAAUUGAAAAAGCAGCUUCCUGCAGACAUGUACUACAAAUGUGAGGAGCUUCACUCCAGACCGUCCAUCACACCCGAAUGCGAGAUUCCAGAGAGACUCCUGCACCUCUCUCACUGCUUUGGUUAUGACAGUGGGCGCCGAGCUAACCUGAAGCUGCUGGAUGACAGAACUCUCAUCUUUAUAGCAGGCAACCUGCUCGUCCUGCUGGACAUCUCCACCAAAGAGCAGAGAUACCUGCGCUCCUGCAGCGGAGGAGGAAUUGGCUCCAUCGCGGUGCACCCUAGCAAUAAGUACUUUGUUGUAGCAGAGAAAGGAAACCAGCCCCAUGUCAUAGUCUAUGAAUAUCCUUCGUUAAGGCCAUACCGUGUCCUCAGAGGUGGCACAGAGCAGGCGUACAGCUUUGUGGACUUUAACCAGGAAGGAAGUGUGCUGGCCAGUGUGGGCAGCGCCCCCGACUACAUGCUAACACUGUGGGACUGGAGGCAGGAGGAGGUGAUGCUGAGCUGCAAGGCCUUUUCACGGGAGGUCUAUCGAGUCAGCUUCUCCCCAUACCACCCAGGACUGCUCACAUCCUCAGGAUCUGGACACAUCAAGUUCUGGAAAAUGGCCACCACAUUUACAGGUCUUAAGCUGCAAGGGGUUGUGGGACAUUUUGGCAAAACGGUCACAAGUGAUAUUGAGGGCUACGUGGAACUUCCUGACGGGAAGGUGGUGUCUGGCUCAGACUGGGGCAACUUGCUGAUGUGGGAUGGGAAUACCAUCAAGGUGGAGAUUUGCCGCAAAGAGGGACGUACCUGCCAUGCUGGGACGGUGCAGCCGUUUGCCCUCGAGGAUGGACAGCUUAUGACGAUCGGCUCCGAUGGAGUGGUUCGGGGCUGGGACUUUGAGAGGAUCAACACAGCUGAGAGUAACAGCAGCCGGUUAGAGAUGGAGCCCACUAAUGAGAUGGUGGUUGGGCACAAUGUCUGCCUCUCCUCUGUGGUGAGGUGCUCCCAGCGUAACUCCUUCGUCUGGUUUGCUCAGGAUUCCAACGGAGCCAUCUGGAAACUGGAUCUUUCAUUUACCAACACGACUCCUGAUCCAGAGUGCCUGUUUUCCUUUCACGCUGGAGCGAUCCAGGGCCUGGACGUGUCAAAAAAAUCCCACCUUAUGGCAACAACCACUCUGGACCGCUUGGUCAAAGUUUUUGACUUCCUGGCGAAAAGAGAACUCACCACGAGCCGAUUCAAUCAGGGUGGAACCGCUCUCAGCUGGGCUCCACCUUUGGUGAAGCAGAGCGGAGGUUUACUGGUGACUGGCUUUGAGGAUGGGGUGGUCCGCUUACUGGAGCUCUACAACCCUCAGAGGCUGCACGCGGUCACCGGGCGCAGCCCUGAGGGAGACGCCAAGCUGCGUCUCAAACAGGCCUUCAAACCCCAUAAUGCCCCUGUAACAGCUGUGGCAUACGAGAGAAAUGGAGAGAUCCUAGCAACAGGGAGCGCAGACUGCACUGUUUUCUUCUUCAGCGUUGAGGAAAAAUACGUCCCCAUCGGUUUUAUCAGUGUCCCUGGGCCAGUGCAGGCCCUGGAGUGGUCUCCUCAUUCCCAUAAUGAAAACAGGCUGCUCGUCCUGUGUCAGAACGGUCAUGUUGUUGAAGUACAGAGUCCUGAUCCAGAGAAUCAGAGGCCAACCCAAACCUACCAGCUCCCUGAGGUGUCGAGCAGAGCCUUCAGGUUCAAGAGUAUCAAGUCUCGAAUCAAGAGAGACGAGGAAAUCACAAGACGUCAAACUUUGAAGGAGGGCAAGAAGAAACAGAGAGAAGAGCAGUUAAAGGAAGCAAAGCAUCUGGACACAGAGCAAGAGGAAGAAGAAGAGGAGGAAGAGGAAGAUUUGCCACCUAUCUACAUCCCAGAUACUCCAAGUCCUCUAUACUGUGGUUUCUACUCACAGCCUGGCCAGUUCUGGCUCUCAAUGGGAGGCUUUGACUCAGGAUUCUUGUAUCACUGUAAAUUCUCUGAGAAUCAGCAGGAGGAUUCUGACCAGCGACAGGAUGAACCCUUUGACUACCUGCCUGUCCUUAACGCAGAUGAUGACCCUAUUUGCUCUUUUACCUUCAGUUCCAACAGGCAGCUGCUGCUCUGUGGCCUGCAGUCUGGCUCCAUCAGGGUUUACCCUCUGCAGCCUGGAGACCACGGCCUCAAAUCCAUGCAAGCCUUCUGGGCUCUCAAUGUCCACGACAAUCAUUACGGACCCCUGCGGCACACCGUUUGCAGUCAUGAUGACCUCUUUGUGCUAACAGCCGGAGACGACGGGAACAUCUUCUCCUUCAGCAUGCUGCCUCCAGAGGAGUUACAGAAAAGCCUGCAAAGGAAGCAGGCCAAGGUUCCUUCACCCAGGUUGGGUCUUGAGAAUGAGACAUUGGCUCUGGACAUUGAGGACCCAGCAGCCUACAGCAUAGAGACGGCCAAGCAGAAGCUGGAAAACGACCGUGUGCGCCGGGAAGCUGAGUUGAAGAUUGCAGAAAAGCAGAAGGGCUUAGCGGAGCUCCAGAAGAAGUUUAAACAAGUGCUGAACAACAACCAGGAUCUACCAGAGCAUGUUCGUCUGACACCUGAGGAGCUACAGUUGGACCGACGUUUUUAUGAACAGGCAGAGAGACUGAAGGCCCAGCAGGUGAUGGAUGUCAGAAAGCAGUUGGCCUGGGAGCAGGAGCGCUGCAGUAUAGCCCUCAGAAAACUACAGGACUGGUUCAAGGAAUUUCCGGAGGCCGACAUGAUCACUGUGGUCGCCAUCCGCACCAACGACAGAAUUUCCACCUACCGUCCUCUGGCACUCAGCAAAACUUUAACGCAGGACAGACGUCAGAGCUCACUGAGCUCACCUGACGGAGAGAAAGAUGCUGCACUACAACGGAGGAAAUCCAGAGUGGAACCUGCAAAAGACAGCAGCAAUAUAGAGAGCGAGGAGGACGUGCCGCGUCCCCCCAUGACUCGCCCAGCGAGGAUCAGGCUGGGUGAUCGGCAGGAGGAGAGGCUCCGAAAAGCUGCAGAGAAAGCUGUGCAAGCUCGAGCCAAGAUAGAGAAGAAGAAACAGGAAUGGGCCCAAAUUUACGCAGAAAAGCCAAAAGAGGGCUAUGAGGAUCCACAGGAUUUGCAGGCUAUCCGCGAAGCCAAGGAGAUGAGAGACUUCCCAGGGGUGAAACACCAGAGGGUGAACACUGAGAGGAAAAGAGAGGAGCUGAUUGCCUUGGAGGAAAAUAUCCGUGAAAAGCAGCUUGAGAUGAAUGGGCGCAUUGUGGCGUUGCGCGACUCCAAGGUUCGUCUGGUGGCACGGCUGCGUGCUCAGACUCAGCGGCUGGAGAAGGUCCAGCAGCGCCUGGCGCCCCAUCACCGCCGGCCCCCACCCACCCUGCCAGCCAUAUUACCAGAGGAAACACCAGAGAAGAAGUUGCUGUGCGGACGCCCCACCUUGGAGCGAUACCGGGUCCUGAGAGAGCAGAUGUACAAAGGACUUCAACCAAAGUCCAUGGAGCAGGAGGGAGCUGGAUAUAUACUGAAGCAGCUGGAGAAAGAAAUGGAGGAAAAGGUAGAGAAAGAAGAAGAGAAAGAGAGAGAAGAUGGGAGUCCUGGUGUGUCUGCUUUGUGUAUAACCAGAGAAGGGACAGCAGUAGAGGAAGGAGCGGAGGCGAGCGAGCUGGAGGUGGAGCUGCAGAGGGAGGAGGAGAUCAGGCUGCUGUACGAGCAGAACUCUCUGCUGGAGCAGAUGGAGAGUUCUGUUUCUCAGUUUGAUGCUGAGCUCAUGCUGCUGCGUCACCAGAAGCGGCGUCUGGACUGGAAGCUGAAGCUGUCUGACCUCCAGCUGCUGACGCUGUUCCAGGAGAUGCUGCUCCUCAAGCAGUUUGAGAGGAGGGAGGACAGCCUGCAGGAGAAACUGAACGGAUACGUUAGGGAGGAGAACAGCAUCACGUCUGAGCUGGAGGAGUGUAACGAACAGCUGGAGGUCAACAUGAGAGACAUGGCCAAGCUGCAGGAGAGAGACAAGGCUCUGACUGCUGCCUUCCAGGACUCGCUGGGGGAAAACAACAAGUUUGAAGAGUUUCUCACCAAAGUCUUUAAGAAGAAGGUCAAACGUGCCAAGAAGAAGGAGCAGGAGGGGAAUAAAGACCAAGAGGGGGACAGCAACGAAGACUCUGAUGAAGAUGAUGACUGGGAUGAUGAUUACGACAGUGACGCAGAAGAAGGAGGAGCUCCACUGGAUGACAGCGUUUGCCCAACAGGCUGCGAGCAAGAGUUGUUUGAGAACACGUUAAAGCUGCGUGAGCGUCGACUGGACCUAGAGGAGCUUCUAGCGGAGGAGAAAAAGAGAGCAGAGGCUCUGAAGAGGGAGAGAGACACCCUCAUCAAGAAGGAGAAAUCAGUGAAGAGCAGUCGAAAGGUAGUAGAAGAUGCCCUGGAGUUAAUCAAUGGGGAGAAACAACAGAAAAUUAAUGAACUGGAUACAGUGGUUCCUCUUAGACUGCAUCAGAUUGAGUUUGCGUCUAAAAGCACUUUGCUGUCAAACCUGAGCAAGGCACUGGUGCUGGAUGAGAUGGAACUGAGCAGGAUGCAGGAGCGCAUCCAACAGUUACAGGCAGAAAAGCUCCAUCAGAAGGAUCUGGACCGGCAGACUCGCCAGCAGCACACCAGGCUCCUCCACGACCGCAAAGACAUGGCUGCCAAGAUCCAAGCGCUGGAGAAGCAGUGUAAUGAGCUGAUGAUGGCAAAGUUUGGGAGGCUGGUGAAUCUGGAGGCUCUGCAGAUGCUGUCAGGGAGCCGGAGGCUGGAGGAGCUCAAGCAGGAAAAACUCCUCAAAGAAGCUGAAUAUGCCAAGGAGAUCAAACAGUGGGAUGCGAAGGUGGAAGAGGCACGUCAGGCUCUGAUGGAAGUGACCAGGUGUAACACGGAGCAUCUCUACAGUGUGACAAGCCUCUUGGAACAGAAGAAGGAACUGGAACUUAAACUCAGUUCCAGGCAGAGGAAAAUGGGCAGACAGCAGUUCCAGGACUACAGGAGACGUGUGGACCAGGAAGACAUCCGGAGGCUCCAGGAGCUGGUGAAAACCCAAGCACAUCAGGCUGAGGCACUGAAGAGAGAGAUCAGCCUCCUGUCCUCUAAAGGAGGUCAUGUUUUGCCCCCAGACCAGGCUCGACUGGCCCCUCUCGCCCCUUUGCCCACCCCCACAGGAAACAUCAGCACUGGGAGACAAACACAGCUUAAAGAGAAAACAAAGCACACCCAGCAGAUAACAAGUUAAUUACCUCUGCACUUAUGCAGAAAAAAUGAGCAUAUAUACCAUAAUGGAGCUCACUAAUAUCAUCUAAUAAUUAUGGAUUAUUAUUUAAAGGCCUUAUGAGUUUUUUUUUGCAACAUAUUUUUGAGCUAAAGACACCUGUUAAGUAAUCUUGAAAACCAAUUUGUGGUCAAUGAAUGAAUAUCAGUGUCACAGUAGAUGACAUUAAUGAGAUUUGUUUGGAUACAUAAACUAUUGAAAUCUAA